AUGGUGCCGUUCUACGCCCUCGUAGCUGCCUCCUUCGUGGCAUGCGCGUUAUACCUCUUCUACCUGGCGAUACUGCUCCCGCUAUGGAACCCCCUUCGCAACCUCCCCGGUCCCCCGACACGAGGAAUCCUCGGAAAUCACAUGGGCAUGGUUUUAGACCCCUCACGAUCCCCCAGAGUGCAUGAAGCCUUUGUCAAGCAUUACGGCCGAAAUGUCAGGAUACGCGGCUUCCUCCCUUGGGACCAACGGCUCUUCACUCUCGACCCCGUGUCCCUCGCGCAUGUCCUCAAACACUCCACCGUCUACGAGAAGCCGUGGCAGUCCCGUCUCCUCAUAUCCAGUCUCAUCGGCGUCGGCAUGCUCGCCGCGGAAGGACAGGUGCACAAACGUCAGCGGCGCGUCGCCACCCCGGCCUUCUCCAUCCAGAACAUGCGCGCCCUCAUCCCGGUCGCCUUCCAGAAGGGCCUCGAGCUCAGGAACAGAUGGAUGGACCUCAUCGCCGACUCGCCAGUUCCACCCGACGACGAAAAGCGUGCUGGGUGGUCGAAGUUGGACGUCUGCCAUUGGAUCAGCCGGGCGACGUUCGACGUCAUUGGGCUCGCAGGCUUUGAUUACGAGUUCAAUGCCAUUCACAAUGAGUCGAACGAACUGUUUGCCGCGUACAAGGAGAUGUUCGAGAUUGCGGUAUCUCAACAGGGCGGUGGGGUCUGGGAACUAGCCAUUCUAUACUUCCCCUUCCUGGACCGGAUUGUGCCUGGUCAGCGCUUCGGCGUCGUGAAGAGGUCUCAGGACACUAUUCAGCGUGUUGCAGGUCGGCUCAUCCAGGAGAAGAAGCGGAAGAUCGAAGAGGCUGAGAGGGUAGGGGUCCCAUAUAUCGGAAAGGAUCUUCUCAGCAAUCUCCUGAGAUCGAAUACCGCUGCCGACCUCCCUGCCGACCAGCGCAUUCCCGAUGAAGACAUCCUCCACACCAUCAACACAUUCAUGUUCGCCGGGUCCGACACAAGUUCGCUUUCCGUCACCUGGAUAUUUUACUUGCUCGCCAUAUAUCCAAUGGUACAAGAACGCCUACGAGCAGAGCUCCUCUCCAUCACCCCCGUUGCUCCUCUGGAGUCCCUUUCGCAAGACGAAAUUUCCUCCUUGUACGAGAAGAUCGCGGAGCUUCCCUACCUUGAGAACGUCAUUCGCGAGACACUCCGGCUCAUUCCUCCAGUACACUCCUCCAUCCGCGUUGCGACACGCGAUGACGUUAUUCCCACCGCAACGCCCGUGAAGAUGCUCACGAAGUACGGAGACCACGAGGAGGUCACGAGCUUCGUCAUGCCCAAAGGCAGCUGCGUGCACGUCCCUAUCGAGGCUUUCAACCUCGACCGGGAGGUCUGGGGGCCAGACGGCUGGGCGUUUAACCCCGAUCGGUGGGACAAUCUGCCCGAGGCAGUCAAGGCGCAGCCAGGGUUGUACAACAACAUCCUCACGUUCUCCGCAGGCCCCAGGUCGUGCAUCGGGAUGAAGUUCUCGAUCAUCGAGAUCAAAGCCUUCGUCUUCGUGCUCCUCACGAGCUUCAAGUUUGCGGAGGCCGACAAGGUCGGCAAGGCGAAUGUGGUCCUGACUCGACCGUACGUCAUGGGCAAGCCGAGGGAGGGCAGCCAAUGUCCGCUCCUGGUGACACCGUACACCCGGGAGGCUACGGCAUGA